AUGGACAUGGACUAUACUCAGCACUCACAAAAGUACAGCCAGGAAGACUAUCACACGUCUUUCUACUCACUAGUCUAUUUGUUUAUCGACAUUACUUCUGAUUUGAUUCAACCCAGUCAAUAUUGCGAGAUUGCCAUGUCCGGUAAUGCCAAGCUUUGUGGCUGCCACCGAUUACAUCACUACUUCUCCAGACCUCGGGACCCAGACUACCGCGUGGCUGAUUUCCCCGGAAUAUUCUUCCUUCCCACAAAAAACAAGAAUCACGGGGGCCCAAACGCGGAGAUUUUGCCACCGAAAGUCGGGGACGUGGAGUCUAGGGUUGAGAUGCCGACCAACAGCAACGACGAACCACCCGCACACCCCGUAGCCGACCCGGGAGACCUUCCAAAUCCGGAUGGUAUUCCCCGGACUAUGUCUUUCUUGCGGAGAUAA